AGCGAGGGAAUGCCACACCCGAGCGCUGCGUUGUGAUUGGUCGGAAUGGUCCCAAAUUAGCAUUUCCCGCGGGAAGCUGGGUCCUAGUGCGGGGCGGCGACGGGGGUCGUGCGGCGGCGGCAUGGAGCCUUGGGGUCCUGAGACCGGGAGGGCCGUGUCCUAACCUGACCCCUCAUGCUGGCCCCAUUCCGGCCCCCCGUGGCCUCUAUAUCGCCCUGGCUCAGCUUAGCCCCCGCUGCUGCUCUCAGUCCUGUACGUUCUCCUCUGCCCCCCCACCCGAGGGGGUCCAGGCCGUCAGCGCCCCCCAGCAGCCGAGCUCGGCCAAGCCCCGACGGCUCCGGGACCAACGGAGCAUCGCGACCCCCGCGCCAAGCUCCACCCGAGCUCCCGCACAGCGCCUGCCCCCAGCCCCCCGCAAUGCCUGGGGUUGGGCCGGGAGGGGGACAAUAGGGGGAUCCCUAUACUUCCCUCCCUGCGAGCCUAGAAGGCUUUGGCCCCUUUUCCCAGCAUCGACCCGAGCAGACCCCCAAACCCCGGGGCUAUGUGGGAGAGAAGAGUGAUGCUAAUUAACUGAUAAUCAGAUCUGGCUAAUCAGCGAGCCCGGUCUCUUUGUGCCCCCCGGAAAACGGGCAUCGAUCGGCUGCGGCAGGAUCGUAUUAACCCUUCCCUAGCCCUGAGUCCUUGACUCUGCAGAAAGGCACUUUGCCUGCUGGGAGGGGUCCGGUCCGGGUCCUUCGCCCCCCUCCUCUACCCGAGGUCCCACUCCUGUGCCCGGUGGGCUCUCACCUUGGUGGCUUUCGUGCUAUCCUCUAGGCGUGCGGUGCCACCUUCAGUGCGUGUCUGUUCCCGCAGGCGGCCGCAGCAUGGCACAGCCCCUGGGGUGCGUGGAGACGCGGGGGGGAGGGAGAGCGGCGUGGGCAGAGCCGCGGGAUGGGAUGGCCCCGAGCUUCGCUGCUGCCCCCGAGCCGCGGAUGGGGGCCCCUGGGGAGGCUGAGCUUCGGGGACAGAACUCAUCCCCACCCCAGCAUGACAGGGAUGGUGCUCUGGGUGCAGCUUGCUCCCAUGUCACCAUGUGUUUUGCACACCUAGAGGCUCAGGGGAACACAGGGGCUGACACUUUACUGUCCCUCCUGCAGCACAGGCUCCUUCCUUUCCUCCAGGACAGAUGGACACAACCUCACUCCUAAGCCAGGUCUGGGUUUGUCUGAGUGUGUAUGUGUGUGUGUGUGCAUUCACAUGUGUGUGUCUGUGCCCAUGUGUGUACUACUCCAGUCCCCUCGUGUGGAGGCCAUGCUGCAGGGAAUGUCUGCUUGUGCCUCAGUUUCCCCAGCAGCACAGGGAUGUAGGAGCUGCUGGUGGGGACACCGAUGUCCCCUUCUUGCAGGAGCUGCCUGGCACAGGUCUGCAGUUCACAGAAUCAGUGCAGCAGCUUUUCCAUCAUGAGGUUUAGGGGCUGAACACAGCACUGCCAGUACUAUCCCCAUAGUCCCCACAUCCCUCACCCUUGCAGCCUGUGCUGCCCUGCUCUGUGUCCAACUGAAGGGUGAUAACCCCUGGCCGGGCACAGUGGGGGACCCUGCAGGAUGGAGCCAUGCUGGCACAGUGCCGCCAAGCACACACUCCUGGCAAGCUGUUGUUUUGCAGGUGGGUGGUUAAAUGAGGCAGCAGCAGAUGUGGUGAGCCAUUAACAGGCUGUGUCUCUGCAGGGGCCCCUCGGCCCACCUGUCCCCUGCUCCCUAUUGCAGCAGGAAAGUGCACCCGGACUGUUUGCUCUGUUUGUGCUGUCACCCACCUUGCCGGGCUGCAGAGCUGCUGGCUGGGCACAUCCAAGGGGCCAGGUGCUCUGUACCCCUGCCCCCUUCUGUCCCUGUUGCCCCCCAUGAGGGGCUGGGCAGAGCUAGGAGUGCAGCAUGCAGCUGAUGGGCAGCUCAUCUUCCAUCUCACCUCAGUGGAGCAGAACCAGAUGGGCAGCCAUCCUUUGAGCUGCAGCCACAUCUGCUCACACUCAACAUCUGGAGACCCCAUUUAAUCCCACGCUCCUCCUUCACCCCCCUGCACCAGGCUGUGCUCAAGGAUGGAGUCCCUUAUCCCCCAUCCCCAUCCUCCUCCAGACACUCUGGAUUUGGACCCUGUCCUUAAGUGCCCUCCCUGGCAUGAGAACACCUCCGGCUGUGGAGGCACCGUGCCGGGGCCGGGCGCUCUGACGCAAAAGGGGCAGAUGGGCUGAGCACCCCCUGCUUGGCCACAGCCUCCCUACCCUGCAGAGAGUCCCGGCCAAUGUCACAGCCAUCCUGCCUUGCUGCACGCACUCCUGGCCUUUGUGCCCGUGCACUCCCUGUGCACACAGCAUCCUUCUUGCACCGAGCUGCCGGGUGCCACGCUGCCAGCAGUGGGGCUGGGAGCGAGCGUGAAAUGCUCGGCAGCCUCGUUGAGUUUGCGCUUCACUUAGCAGCUUAACACCAAAGCUGCAAUAACGCCGACGCCAGCGCUAAUCCCAUCAGCUCAGACAGCUACUCGAUAACAGGGAACUGGCUAAUAUUCCCCUGUGCGGCUCCAGUCCGAGCAGGGCACGCCACUGCCACACGCUGAAGGUCACAGCAUCGUUUGGUGUUGUCUCCUGGAAAGUUGGCCCAGGUGCCUAACAGACAGACUGAAAUCCCAUUCCUAUCUCAUUCUAUCCUCACCAUCCCACCCCCACCUCCAUCCCCAUCUUCAUCUCAUUUCUGGUGCCCCGUGCCAUUGCAAAGCCCUGCACGAGCCGUCGGGGUGGGCGAGGGGCCAGUGAGGGCCGGCACCGGGCACUCGUGCAGCGCACGCAGUGUCUUGGCUGCAAAGGCUGGGAAAAGGGCAGGCAGUUCCUGCCGGCAGCCCGAUGCCAUGGUGAUGGGAGGGCGAGGGCUGCCGCCGCCAUGAAUACCCAUGAGCUGGGGGAGCCGGGAGGCUGCACGCACUGUGCCCUGAAUGCAAAAGCCCCAGUGCGUCCCCGCAGCACAAAGAGCUGUGGCUGCGCACGGGGCCGGCACGGUCCGACGGCAGUGAGCGGCAGCGACCCCACGUUGUGCCCGGGGCUCGCUGGAGCACGACGCCCUGGGAUGUGGGGCUGGGGGCCGGGGUGGGAUGGAUCGGGGCUGGAAGCCGUUCCCUUGGUAACGGCGGGUCCCAGUUUCCACCAAUCGAUGUGGCGGUGCGGGCUGGGGGGGCUCGUGGCCUACAUAAGCGUCCGUCGGGCACCGCGCGCCCCGGCAGAUGCGAAACGAUGGCGAGGCUGACGGGCACCCGGCCCCCAGCUGCCCGCCGCUGGGGCUGCGCUGCCACCGCUUUCCUCCUCCUCCUCCUCACCGUGCAAGCUGCCCAGAAAGCUGACCUCAGCGGCGAUGCCACUGCGGCCACCAUCAACCACUCACUGACGCUGCUGCAGAGGCUGCAGGAGCUGCUACAGAAUGGCAACAGCAGCGACUCGGUGCUGCGGGUGCGCACGGCUGCCUCUGAUGAGGCCAAGGUCUUCCACACCCACCAACUGCUGCUCAGCCUCCAGAGUGAGGUCUUCGAGGGGCUCCUGCGCAACCAGAGUGUUGUCACCCUGCAUGAGCCGCCUGAAACUGCUGCGCUCUUUGAGAAGUUCAUCAGGUACCUGUACUGUGGGGGGGUGUCCCUCCUGCUGCACCAAGCCAUCCCCCUGCACCAGCUGGCCAGCAAGUACCGGGUGUGGGGGCUGCAGCGUGGCGUGGCCGACUACAUGAGGAGCCACCUGGCCAGCGAGUCCAACCAGGGCCACGUGGUGGGCUGGUACCACUACGCUGCACGCAUCGGGGACACGGCGCUGCAGGAGAGCUGCCUGCAGUUCCUGGCCUGGAACCUGUCGUCCGUGCUCAGCAGCGCCGAGUGGGCUUCGGUCAGCGUGGAGCUGCUGCUGCUGCUGCUGGAGCGCUCUGACCUGGUGCUGCACAGCGAGCUGGAGCUCUACACUGCUGUGGAAGCCUGGCUGGCCCGGCGGCAGCCCGAGGACGCUGUGGCUGAGCGGGUGCUGCGUGCCAUCCGCUAUCCCAUGAUCGCCCCCAGCCAGCUGUUCCGGCUGCAGACGCAGUCGGCGGUGCUGGUGCGGCACUACAGCGCGGUGCAGGACCUGCUCUUCCAGGCCUUCCAGUUCCACGCCGCGUCCCCUCUGCACUUUGCCAAGUAUUUCGACGUCAACUGCAGCAUGUUCCUGCCCCGCAACUACCUCGCACCCAGCUGGGGCUCCCAGUGGGUCAUCAACAACCCGGCACGGGAUGACCGCAGCACCAGCUUCCAGACCCAGCUCGGGCCCAGCAGCCACGACUCCGGCAAGCGGGUGACCUGGAACGUGCUCUUCUCCCCACGCUGGCUGCCCGUCAGCCUGCGCCCUGUCUACUCGGACUCGGUGUCCAGCGCCAUCCAACCGGUGCGCAUCGAGGAUGGCCGCCCGCGCCUCGUUGUCACCCCGGCCACCAGCAGCCCCGACUUUGCUGGUGUCAGCUUCCAGAAGACGGUGCUGGUGGGUGUGCGGCAGCAGGGCCGCAUCUUUGUCAAGCAUGCCUACAGCUUCCACCAGAGCUCGGAUGAGACGGCUGACUUCCUUGCCCAUGCCGACCUGCAGAAGCGCACCUCCGAGUACCUCAUCGACAAUGCCCUGCACCUGCACAUCAUCAUCAAGCCUGUCUACCACUCCCUCAUCAAGGUGAAGAAGUAGCGGGGCUGUGAGCAUGGGGCUCUGCCUCUUUGUCCCCUCUCUAUAGGUAGAUGGGGGUCCCUCUGCUCCCUGCCUCUUCCUGCUGUCCCCACUGCCAUCCCUGGGUGCCUGCGGAGAGCACAGGGAAUGUGCAACCAUGUGGCAUGGGGACACAGGGACAGCCCCUGCAGUGCCACCUCUGCACCAACAUGGCUGCAGCUUGGGGUGCAGUGGGACAGGGGUCCAGCUGCCUCCCCCAGCAAAGGACACUUGUGGAGAACAGCGCCUUGUUCCUGCCUGGGUGUCCUUCACCUCCUUCCUAAUAAAAGCAGAAAAUGAGUGCAGGGAGCGCGGGGCAUCUUUGUGUAUCCCCUGUGCCUUGGGAUGGGUGGGCACAGGGACGCAUCAGCUGUCACACCACUCCCAGUCUUCAUGUGCCUCCUUUUAAUGCUCCAAAAGGAUAAACCUCAGCUCCUGUGCCGCUCUGCUGAGCCACGGAGGUGCUGAGCAGCCACACGGUCAUUGCCCAGCACAGCUGUGUGUGUCCCACGGGGAGGUUUGGUCAACUGGCCCCGGC